AAAAUUCAAAGAAAAUAAAUAACAGUUCUACUUGUUAUUUAAUUUUACUCUCGUUGUCGCAACACAGCACAGUUUACAAAUGACGUGUUUCGGCCUCGACCAUUGUGGCAUUCUGGGGAAAAAGAGACAAUCUUGUUCCGUGGAUCACCAAGACUCGAAAGAAUAUCUUGGCCCCCUUUGUUGUCGUUUUCUGCUCUAUCCUUGUCCUACGUUAGCAUGUAAAAGCUCCUCGCGAAACCCGUGUAGCUUCCAUGUAAAGAACCCCCAACAAUUGCCAGUUACCAUGAACCCCACCAAAGCCCUAUCAAGAGCGCCGACGACGCCGUUUUUCCUCAAAGCUAAAAAAUUGGGGCCAAAUGUCAGGUGGGCCGUUCAAUUUCGUCCCAAAUUUGUGAAUUUCCGGCCAACAGCGUCGGGAGGCGACCAUCUUCCAGUGACUACUGUUGCGUCAGAUGUUAAUUCUGUGGGUCUCUCUCACGAACCUAAGGAAGCGAAGGUGGAGAAGGUUGAAGUCUAUAUUGAAAAGUUAAUCUAUGGGUGUCGUUUUUUUGCCAUUCUUGCGGUUUGGGGAUCACUGGUUGGGUCGUUUCUUUGUUUCGUUAAGGGUUGUGUAUAUGUUGUAUCGUCAUUUCAAGGUUAUUUUGUGGACCGAGGGAAAACGAUUGCAUCACUUGUUGAGGCCACUGAUGUCUACUUACUUGGAACUGUGAUGUUGGUCUUUGGCAUGGGCCUUUAUGAGCUGUUUAUCAGUAAUCUCGAUAAAUCAAAAUCCAUGUCGGAUGGAAGAAUUACUUACAGAUCAAGUUUGUUCGGUUUGUUCACUCUCAAGGAACGACCUCGAUGGCUGGAAAUAAAAACCGUGAACGAGCUGAAAACAAAACUCGGUCAUGUUAUAGUGAUGCUUCUGCUUAUUGGGUUGUUUGACAAGAGCAAAAAAACCAUCAUACAAUCGCCUUUUGAUCUUCUUUGUUUCUCUGCAUCUGUCCUCCUCUCGUCCGGUUGCCUUUUCCUGCUGUCGAAGCUAAAUGAAUAAAAUAAAAAUCAGAUAUGUAAAUAGUCUCUGUAUGUACCUUCUAUAGAAAGUUAUCCUAGAGUUAGUUACUCUUUUAUGUUACUCUUGUAUUUGAUUGUUCAUCUAAUUGCCUGAGAUAUGAACAUAUUUAGGGUUAUGUAACCUUAUAUCAGCACCUGACUCGUUCCUCGGUUGAGGGAGUCGAAUUUUUCAUUAGAUGUUAGAAUUUUACUAUGUUCGUCCAAUAAUUACUUCAUGCAUUGUGUGCGAAUGUUUUCUGGCCCUAUUGAAAUUGAG